UGCUCCGCAGGGGUCUGCUGCUCUCCCUCUGGCCCGUGCUGUCUCUCUCAAAUAAAUCUUAAAAGAGAAAGAAAAGAGAAGAGGAGAGAUCCUGUUCUCUUAUCCAGCUUCUCCCGGAGAGCCACGAGUCUAUCGUUGGCAUCGGUACAGUCAAGCUACAAGGCAUUUUGGGGUCCUCUUUUGAAUAUGGGGACCUGUGGGCUGCCCAGCUUCUGCAUCUGGGAGACACACUGGGGCCACCUGCUGGGGCUGAAGGACAGGGAACAAGUCACUGCCCUGUGAGGAAGUACGGUUUCCAUGGGAACAGCAAAUGCACUCCUGGGAGCUGCAGAGAAAGUCAGGUCCCCCGUCCCUGCUCGUGGGAUUCGCAAGUUUUAAAGACUGAACUUACAUGGCCCCCGAAAUACUGUCCCACCGCGAAGGGGUGAGAGUGAGGGGCAGCCGCCGUUGCUCGGAGAACCACCCUCCUCACCGCCCCCCCAGCCGCUCACCUGUGACGCAUGCCGGCUCGCAGGGAAUGUCUCGGCUCUGUGACGCCAGCCAGCCAGCAAUGACUCACCAGGAAGGAGGGCUUGGCUCCUGCCACCACCUCCGCCGCACCCCUCCAGGGGCCACGCUGCCCAGCGCCAGCUCAGACAGGGCUGCUCAGAGGACAGAGCCCGCCAGAACCGCAGCCCCCAACCCUCCAGGGCAGGGGAGCCCCAGGCAACACCAUCCCAGCAGCGCGCCAGGCCUGCAGUGUGGCCACUGGCAAAUGAUCACCAAGAAUCGACGUGUGAGCCCCCAGUGGGACCGCAGUCGCUGUGUGGGUCUUUAAGUCCCCCUUUCUCCCUGCGCCGCCCCCUACCGCAGAAAGCAGGUCCAGAGCCCUGGGGGUGCCCGUUGCUGCCUGGACACCAGGGCUGGGAGCUGGGAGGUCGUGGCCCCUGCGUGUCUCUCCCUGUGUGGUGCGCGCUGUCUGAAGACCCCGCCAGUUGCGAGCAGAGGUCUGGCAGGAGGACCAGUACAUGUCCCCACGGGGUCCGGCACAGACAUGACGAGACCUGGCCCGAGUCUCGCUCCUUGCAGACUGCACGGCCUCGGGUGCAGGCCCCACACGUGGUUUAAUGCUGCGAGGUGGCUAACUGGGUUUGCGCGGGAGCGCCCUCGGCCUGCCCAGGCUCGUGGCAGCCUGACCCAGGUCCCCGGCCUCUGGCCCUGCCCUGCUCUGCAGUCUCUCCUGAGGGCUCAGUGUGAACCGCAGACCUGACCCCUUGUUCACCUCCCAGAGCACCGUCAGGAGCUGCCCUCUGCCCUGGGGGAGCUCCCAGACUCUUCCUGCCCACUCUGGGCCCUGCGUGUUGACCUUGCUCCCCUGCAGGCUGACGCCCGGGAUGGAUCAGUGCCGUCCUGCCCCAGCCUUCUCACGGCCGUGUUUUGCUCCUUACUUACUUGAGCACGUGGCUUGUCUUUUUGGAUUCUUGCUCAUUUGAACCAGAAAAUGUGCUGUCACUGUACAUAUUUGAAUUGGUGUUUUGCUCCCCCGGCUCGGCUUAACCAUGAACUCAGAAGUGACGCAGUCUGUGUCAGAGCGAUUAGGAGUGAGCGUUUACUUUGUCACAAGCCGGUGUCAUGAUAUCUGUGAAAGGGCAGCUUCUGGAUGAAAUUUAAGGUGAUUGUCAAGACAGCAGAUUAACCAUGUUGAGUUUUGAGAUGUUGAAACAGUUUCAGACUAAUCUGUUACAUUCCUCACUGCGGGUGUUAUAUUACACAUUUUCCUUAUUUCUGAGUUGAGAAAUACAAAAAUUCAGUGGGGGAAAGAUACUGUAAAAUUCAUGGAAUUAUUAACGUAUUCAGAAGACUUGAAGUAUCCCCCCCCCCCCGCCUUUUUUUAAAGUAAGCUGUAGGCCCAACGUAGGGCUUGAACUCACAACCGGAGACCAAGGGUUGCAUGCAGUCCCCACUGAGCCGGCCAGGCACCCCUAAGUGUGUGAUCUUUAUAGCAGUCCUGCCGAGUGAGAAGGCAGCCGCAGUGUCUCCAGCAGGUGCAUGGGGAGGCCUUGGGGUGGGGGUGGGGCGGGCUGAGGGCCCUGCGUGGGCCGGGAGCACACACAGACCCUGAUAGCACCUUUCUGGUUUGUCCACCUCUGGAGGACCUUCUGCGUCUGACCUUUCUGGGCAGCAUUUUUACACCGGGAAAGGUUUUUAUUUAUUUGAGAGAGAGCACAAGUGGGGGGGGAGGGGGAGAAGCAGACCCCCCACUGAGCAGGGAGCCUGACGCGACCCCGGGAACAUGACCUGAACUGAAAGCAGUCGCUUCGGCACCUGAGCCCCGCAGGCCCCCCGGAAAGGAUUUCAGACGGAAGAGCCUGGCGCGCGCGUGGACCUGAGUUCCUGUGCCCCUUGCUCAGCUGCUCGUGGUACUGGGACCCCAGCCCGGGCUCCGCGCUGAGGACGCUCAGGACCCUGCCUCCCCAUGUCCCUGCCUGCUCAGGUCCAGCCCGGGGCCCCUGUAGUGUUUAGUUGUCCUUUGUUCCCAGCUGUAACCUGCGGCUGUCCCUCCCAAGACGGGCCCCUGCAGGGGGCGCGAGUGUGUGGUGAGAGGCUCCUGCGCUCUAGGCAGGCGUUCCGAGGGGGGACGCUGGGUCUCCUCGGGCACCACGUCCAAGGCCACUGGCACCUUCCUGUGGAUGGUGCUGACCUCGAGCCCUGGUCUGGGUGGCACUGCUGGGUCCCUCCCCCAACCACGGUCAGGUUGCUGCUCUGCACCUGGAGAGGGGAAGGGGCCUGUGAUGCUGUCCGGGGCCUUGGGGGGACCUUGUCUACACACGGGGGACCUCCCCUUCCCUCCAUCGCCCUCCGCCGGACUGCAGUUCCCCUCCCGAAGCCCUGCUCUGCCCCCUCACUCCAGCCGGUGCAGCCUCGUGGGGUGGUGGUUCAGUCUGCGAGGACUUUGUCGCUCACUUUCUGGGGCUGCCCCCGGGAGUGCAUCCAGGCUUUCUCCUGGGCUUGGGGCCUGCCUGUGCCUCUUGGGGGACGCGCCUUUCCCACCUGGUGCCCAGGCUGUCCCGGCUGUCCCCGCUUCUCUUGUGUUUUCUGUGCCUCAGCCCUGGAACCCGCCAUUCCUCCGAGGAGCCUAGUUCCUUUUCAGAGCCCUGCGGAGGAGAGAACCAGGGCUGAGGAACGGCUGUGCAAACCCGGAUUUAAAUCCGCCAAGGAGCUGUGGCCCGCCCAGCCCUCACCCCUGCUCCGAGGGCCUGUCUCUCCACAUGGGUUCUCUGGGGCGGGGGCCUCCUGGCGGUGCUUGGUUUUCCGCCGGGCGUGCGUGGGCAGCUGCCGUGGAGAGUGCCCGGGCCACUGCAGGGUCCCCGGCGGCUGCGGAGGUGCAUCUCGUCCGCGACGACUGUGCCGCUGCCGCUGCCGCUUUUCCACCUGGGUCCUCCUCCCUGCCUUCGGCCGGAGGCCUGCUCCUCCUCAGCCGGCUUUGUGUCCCCUCCGUUCCUCCUGGGUCACCCUGUGAACCCUGGCCGUGCACGGUCUGUGCCCUGGGGGCCGUUGCCUGGCCUGCGGUAAUGGGGUACCACAGGGG